AUGAGCUCCCUUAAAUUCGUGGUGUCCUCUCUGGACAUUAUUGCCGCCAGUGCUGGUCGGAACAAACAGCUUGCUGAAUUGGUCCAGAAAGCGCUCGCCGCCAUCGAGAAAAACGACCAUCAGCUCCCCGACCCCGAGGUUAUCUUCGCGCCACUGCAACUAGCCACCAAGUCUAGCACCAUUCCUCUGACGACGACUGCCCUCGACUGUAUUGGCAAGCUCAUCUCGUACUCGUCCUUCUCUACGCCAUCCGAGCAUGCCUCGAGUCAAGAUGGGGCCGAGCGAGCGCCCCUCAUCGAACGAGCCAUCGAUACCAUCUGCGAUUGUUUUCAAGGCGAAACUACCCUCGUCGAGAUCCAGUUGCAAAUAGUCAAGUCGCUGCUGGCUGCGGUGCUGAAUGAUAAAAUUGUCGUCCAUGGCGCGGGGCUGCUCAAGGCAGUGCGCCAGGUCUACAAUGUCUUUCUUCUGUCGCGGAGUACGGCGAAUCAGCAGGUGGCUCAAGGGACGCUUACCCAAAUGGUUGGCACCGUGUUCGAGAGAGUUAAGACGCGCCUACACAUGAAAGAGGCGCGCGCCCAUCUCGGUGGCAAGCUCAAGCCCAGUCAGACCAGCAUGGCCAUGGACCGUGCAGACGACCAGAAUUUCCAGGCCGGCCAUGGUGAAAGCGAAGAGGGCAAUGAGGAUGCCUCCGAUGCGACACUACUGGAAGUAUCUAGCCCAGGAGGCGCCAAGCUCACCUUGAAGGAUCUGGAACACCGAAAGAGUUUUGACGAUUCUAAUAUGGGCGAUGGACCGACCAUGGUAUCGCAGCUUAAGCCAAUGAAAAAAACAGCCAGGUCAGUGUCCGAACAGAGCCUUGCAGAGAGCGCGCAUGAAGAUUCUUUUGAGUCUCUGGAGGCUGAAGACGAGGUUUACGUCCGUGAUGCAUACCUCGUCUUCCGGUCUUUCUGCAAUCUUUCAACGAAGGUCUUGCCGCCAGAUCAACUCUACGACCUCCGAGGUCAGCCAAUGCGAUCGAAGUUAAUCUCCCUUCAUCUCAUACACACACUCCUUAACAACAACAUAGCUGUUUUUACAUCGCCCCUUUGUACUAUCACCAACACCAAAACCGGCGAGGCCACCAACUUUUUGCAGGCCAUCAAAUAUUACCUGUGUCUGAGUAUCACACGAAAUGGCGCUAGUUCUGUGGAUAGGGUGUUUGAUGUCUGCUGCGAAAUAUUUUGGUUAAUGCUCAAAUACAUGAGGGCUCCCUUCAAGAAAGAGAUUGAGGUUCUCCUAAACGAGAUCUACCUUGCUCUCCUGGCCCGAAGAAAUGCACCCUUGUCUCAAAAGCUCAGCUUUGUGGGCAUCCUCAAGCGGCUCUGCGAAGAUCCGCGGGCCUUGGUGGAGACCUAUCUCAACUAUGACUGCGACAGGAACGUUGACAAUAUCUUCCAGACCAUUAUUGAGGAUCUGUCCAAAUUUGCCACAGCCUCCAUACCUAUUACAGCCACCCAGGAGCAGCAGUACGAGGACAACCAUUCCAAAUACGGUGGCGGCGGUGAGUGGCAGAUCAAGAAUGUUCUACCACCGCCGUUAUCAGUUGCCCUCAUCAGCACUCGCCACGAAACUGAUGCCGAAAUCCCCAAGGAGUACGUCAUGAAAAGGGCAGCACUCGACUCUCUUGUGGAGACAUUGAGAUCUUUAGUCAACUGGUCGCAACCCAGGCGGCCGGAGACCAACGGUACAAAUGGCGAUUCUGAACGGAGAGCGUCGAGCGACGAGCUCAGAUAUUCUAUUGAUCCAUCAGCGAGCGAAAACGUUUCACGGAUGGAGACUCCGAUACCUCCGUCAACACCGGUGCUUGACGACGAUCCUGACCAGCUGGAAAAAGAAAAGGCCAGGAAAACGGCCAUGACGAACGCAAUCAAGGUGUUCAACUAUAAGCCCAAGAACGGGAUAAAGCUUCUUCUCCAGGGGGGCUUCAUUCCCAGUGACAAGCCCGAGGACAUCGCCCGCUUCCUACGAACCGAGGACAGAUUAGACAAGGCUCAGAUUGGCGAGUAUCUGGGCGAGGGCGAUCAGAAGAACAUUGAUAUUAUGCAUGCAUUUGUGGAUACGAUGGACUUCACCAAAAAGCGUUUUGUGGCUGCCUUGAGAGAGUUCCUUCAGUCGUUUCGUUUACCAGGCGAGGCGCAGAAAAUCGAUCGAUUCAUGCUGAAGUUUGCCAACCGAUACGUAACGGGAAACCCGAACGCCUUCGCCAACGCCGACACCCCCUAUGUGCUCGCAUAUUCUGUCAUUCUCUUAAACACCGACUUGCACAGCACCAAAAUCGCAAAGCGCAUGUCCAAGCCUGACUUCAUAAAGAACAACCGUGGCAUCAACGACAAUGCCGAUCUCCCGGAUGAAUACUUACUUGGCAUCUACGAUGACAUUGCUGGCAAUGAGAUCGUCCUUAAAAGCGAACGGGCAGCCGCCGCUGCUGCCGGGAGCAUUCCAAGUCAACCGACCGGCCUGGCCGCUGGCCUAGGCCAAGCGUUCUCCAGUGUUGGCCGUGAUCUCCAAAGAGAAGCCUAUGUCCAGCAGUCAGAGGAGAUCUCUCUGCGCUCAGAGCAGCUCUUCAGAGAUCUUUAUCGCAGUCAGCGUAAGAACGCGGAGAAGGCGGGCUCUAAGUUCAUACCGGCAACCUCGUUCAAACACGUGGGUCCCAUGUUCGAUGUGGCCUGGAUGUCCUUCUUCUCUGCCCUAUCAACUCAGACUCAGAAGACUCACAACCUCGAGGUCAAUAAGCUCUGCUUGGAAGGGAUGAAACUUGCAACCAAGGUUGCCUGUCUCUUUGAUCUUGCAACCCCACGAGAAGCUUUCAUCUCAGCACUUAAGAACACUGCGAACCUCAACAACCCCCAAGAAAUGCAGGCUAAGAAUGUUGAGGCUCUGAAGGUGAUACUGGAGCUUGGUCAGACCGAAGGCAACCUCUUAAAGCAGUCGUGGAAAGACGUGCUACUCUGUAUCAGCCAGCUAGACCGACUGCAGCUGAUCUCGGGUGGCGUGGAUGAGAGCGCCGUUCCCGAUGUCUCUAAGGCCCGUUUUGUCCCUCCGUCAAGGUCCGACGCUGUCGAGUCUCGAAAGUCCAUGGCCUCGGUUCGGAAACACCGACCACGGUCUCAUACGGGCCCGCAGGGUGUCUCAAUGGAGAUUGCUCUUGAAAGCCGCUCCGACGAGGUCAUCAAGAGCGUUGACAGAAUAUUUACGAACACAGCCAACCUGUCUGGAGAAGCAAUCGUCCAUUUUGCCCGGGCCUUGACGGAGGUCAGCUGGGAUGAAAUCAAGGUUUCCGGAUCCAAUGACUCCCCUCGUACAUAUAGUCUGCAAAAGAUUGUCGAGAUCAGCUACUGGAACAUGACGCGUGUCCGCUUCGAGUGGGCCAACAUUUGGGCUGUCCUCGGCGAGCAUUUCAAUCGUGUGGGCUGCCAUGCCAACACGGCAAUUGUCUUCUUUGCUUUGGAUUCGCUGCGCCAGCUCUCGAUGCGUUUUAUGGAGAUUGAAGAGCUGCCCGGAUUCAAAUUCCAGAAGGACUUCCUCAAGCCUUUUGAGCAUGUCAUGUCCAACUCGAACAAUAUCACUGUCAAGGAUAUGAUUCUCCACUGUUUGAUUCAGAUGAUUCAAGCUAGAGGAGAGAACAUUCGGUCAGGCUGGAGGACGAUGUUUGGCGUCUUUACGGUUGCGGCAAGGGAGCCAUAUGAAGCCAUUGUUAAUCUGGCUUACGAGAACGUCACCCAAGUCUACAGGACAAGGUUUGGCAUCGUCAUCUCGCAAGGCGCAUUCACGGACCUGAUUGUUUGCCUGACCGAGUUCUCCAAAAACAUGAAGUUUCAGAAGAAGAGUCUACAGGCCAUGGAGACUUUGAAGUCCAUUAUCCCCAAGAUGCUCAAGACACCCGAAUGCCCGCUCUCUCAGCGAUUUAACUUGGAUCUGAAGCCGGCUGAGACUAGCAUGUUGUCUCCUGGCCCCCAGACGCGCACAUCAGUGGAAGAAGGGUUUUGGUACCCUGUUCUCUUUGCGUUCCACGACGUUCUCAUGACUGGCGAAGAUCUAGAGGUGCGGUCCAAUGCCCUCAAUUACUUCUUCGAGGCUUUGCUGCGUUAUGGCGGCGAUUUUCCUCCAGACUUUUGGGAUAUUCUUUGGCAGCAGCAACUUCGCCCCAUCUUCAUGGUUCUGCGUUCAAAGCGCGAAAUGAACAACGCGCUCAAUCGCGAGGAGUUGUCAGUCUGGUUGUCGACCACCAUGAUUCAGGCCCUCCGCAACAUGAUCACUCUCUUCACUCAUUACUUUGACGCACUUCAGUACAUGCUAGACCGGUUUCUUGAGCUUCUCGCGCUUUGCAUAUGCCAGGAAAACGACACUAUUGCCCGAAUAGGCAGCAACUGUCUGCAACAACUAAUUCUUCAAAACGUUACAAAGUUCAACGCGGAUCAUUGGACGAAAAUUGUUGGAGCGUUUUGCGAGCUGUUUGAGAGAACGACGGCUUAUCAGCUCUUUACUGCCAUCACAAUCAACUCGACAGCGUCGCUCUCUGCCCCGCCUAAUGGGUUGGAGCUGGGUGGGCAGCUCAGUCCAACAACUGAGACAGCGCCAGUUGACGAGAAGUCCCUUAAGAUCAACGGCGCUGACAAAAACGGACACGUAUCGGAGUCAGAGGUCCCUGCCUCUCACGCAAACGACGGGGAUGAGGAUAGCCUUGCUACGCCUACGGCCGGCGCAAUAGGUGCUGCAGCGGCCACGUCACAAACCCCCUUGACGCCACAGUUAGAGGAGUUCAAGCCGAGCAACACAUUGCAGCAGCAGCCCGUCGUGGUGACAGCCGCACGCCGCCUCUUCUUCAACCACAUCAUCAGUCGCUGUGUAUUGCAGCUUCUAAUGAUCGAGACAGUCAACGAGCUCUUCAGCAACGAUGCAGUCUACGCGCAGAUACCCUCGUCCGAACUCCUUCGCCUGAUGGCGCUUCUAAAAAAGUCCUUCCUCUUUGCGAAACGCUUCAACGCCGACAAGGAUCUUCGCAUGCGCUUGUGGCGCGAGGGCUUCAUGAAGCAACCGCCUAACUUGCUGAAGCAGGAGUCUGGUAGCGCCGCCACUUACGUUGCCAUCCUGUUUCGCAUGUUCAACGACACUGCCCCAGAACGCCAAGGCAGCAAGGCUGAUGUCAAAAAUGCCCUGGUUCCGCUUUGUCAAGACAUCAUCCGGGACUAUAUUUCUCUGGAAGAGGAAAGCCAGCAUCGCAACAUUGUCGCCUGGAGGCCCGUUGUGGUAGACGUUCUAGAAGGCUACGCGGCAUUCCAGAAGCAGGCAUUUGCAAGCCAUAUUCCCAGCUUCUACCCCCUCGUCGUAGAACUCCUGAGCAAAGAACUCGGCAGCGAUCUCCGGACGGCAUUGUUGCUUGUGCUGAGACGCGUCGGUGAGGUUGGACUAGGAAUUGAAAACAUGGCCGCCUUAGCCAAGGGUCCUAGCCCUGAAAGGAGGACUAGCACUGUGACUACAGCGUCGUUGGGGCCGCGCGCCUCGCAAAGUAUAGACAACUCGAGUGAUGACCCCUCAAGCCGUGUCAUGGGCAAAUAA